AUGCUCAACCGCCUCAAUCUCCUCACUCGCCACUUCGCUCGUCCCUUCGGUUCCAUCCGUCCAUCUACCCCGACUUCGUCCCUGGCCCGGGGUCCGUCCGCGAUGACAUCAGCCGCGAAGCCCAUCCACACGGCAGCAUGCCUGAUCAUUGGCGAUGAAGUGCUUGGUGGAAAGACCAUCGACACGAACUCGCCCUUCCUAGCCAAAUUCUGCUUCCGUCUCGGCAUCCAGCUGAAGCGGGUGGAGGUCAUUCCUGACGAUGAGGAGGAUAUCAUGGAGGCAGUGCGCCGCAUGAGUGCCCGCUACGACUUUGUCGUUACUAGCGGAGGCAUUGGUCCGACCCACGAUGACAUAACCUACCAAUCCAUCGCCAAAGCCUUCAACCUCAAACUGCAACUCCACGAACCAGCCUUCGAACGCAUGAAGCGCCUCUCCCGCCCACACCCCAUGCAACCAAACUUUGACUGGGACACGCCCUCGCCCGGCCUAACCGCCAAACUGCGCAUGGUCGAACUCCCCUUCGACCCCAAACUCCCCGCCGAAUCCCAAGCCCUCUUCGUCGUAGACGACAUGUGGGUGCCCAUUGCCGUGGUAAACGGCAACGUGCACAUCCUCCCCGGCGUACCGCGUCUCUUCGAGCGACUCCUGCUAAAUCUAAAGCCGCAUUUGGUGCCGCGGUUGAGCGACCCGGAGGGUAAGGGGACGUUCCGGUUUUUGUUUAGUACGCCGUUACCGGAGAGUGCGGUUGCGCCGUUUUUGACGGAGUUGGCGGCUAAGGUUGAGCCCAGGGGUGUUAAGGUGGGAAGUUAUCCGCGUUGGGGGAAGAAGAGGAAUACUGUUACGCUGGUUGGUGCUGAUAAGGCGUUUUUGGAGUCGUUGGUGCCAGAGGUAGAGGUUGGUGUUGAGGGGAAGUUGGUUGUCAAGGAGGAUGAGUUGGAUCCUCCUUCUGAUACAGAGCAUGUUUAUAGUCAGUAG